AUGGCAAAUGUUUUUCAAGGUGUUGGGUCUGCCCAAAAGCCUGACCAGUCCGAACUUCCACAAUCCAGGAACUGUCGUAUGAACCAGAAAGCCAUUUCAUGUGCUCUUUGCUGCCGUAAACGACUGUGCACAGUACGGCCAGCAGCCGCCCAGGGCCAGAUUCUAUACGACGUGUCGAAUAUUGUGCUCCUCGCGCUCGAUGUCCUUAUUCAAACAAUACAGUUGAUGCUAAGUCAACCUGACCACAUGGUUCAGUACCAUGUUUCACCCGACCUUCGUUCUCGUUAUCUUGAUUGGCUACACAUGUAUCACGAUACUCACAGUCUUGAUCCUUCGCAUAAUGAUACCGGAGAGAAAGGCACAACCGAUGUGAGCAUCGUUAAUAAUCAUUGUGCUCACACCCCUGCCUUGAAUAUCGGAUGCCGGCUGGAACAUACAGACGAGAACAUUAAUUGUUUACUACUAAUGCGAUUAUUUCAUAGCCUUGUCAAGGCUGGGCUGUUUGUCGCAUUGGAUUCACGGACGGUCGAAAUACGCCCACGGAUGUUGGAUAGUGAGAGGCCUACUAUAAGCGAUAGCCACGUCCCUAUGACGACGAUUCGUGACAUGGAACACUCGGUACUUCUACAGCAAGAUACAUCCGCCCAGGCCACGGUCAUAUGGCCAAGCAUAUGCGGCAUCCACUGGACUCGAGAAUCGGACAUCUACAGACAAUCUGCCCAUGUGACUAAAAACACGUCUCUGGUGCAAAACGGCGAUGAAACAACCAAACAAACAGGGGGUUACUCCGUUCAAGGACAAGAAAAGCAUCAUCCAAAUACUCAACAACAACAGAGAUCAUCAACUUGGCCUGCUAUGCUGAGGCGGAAGAGAGGAGCAGACUCAGAGGAAUCACAAGACGACGACGAGCGAAAGGAGCCGGGACCAGGCGAUUCAUACAAAAAACGGCGUCUCGAGAGCGAAAAGACGCCAAAAUUUGCUUGUCCCUUUUUCAAGCACAACCCUACUCGCUUUGCUGUGGAGCGAGCCUGCUGUGGACCAGGAUGGCUCAGCGUAAACCGAGUCAAGUAG